AAAAGUAGCCACUGAAGAGAGAAAGAAAGUGUAUUAUUACAGUGAUAGAUUUAAGGGUUUUAAGAAUUCAGAAUCGUUUAGUUCCAAUGGCGGCGUCAAUAUCUUCCUUCAGAAUCAGCAAUCUCUUCUUCUCUCUCUCGUUCAAUGGACCAUCAUCAUCAUCUGCCUCCUCUUCUUCACGGUCAUCUGCGCCCUCACUCUGUUUCUGCAAACCCCACGCUUCUACCUAUUAUGCACCCGCCGCACUUGUACGCUGCUCUUCUUCUUCUUCUUCCGAGUUUGGUUCCUCCUUCGAGCCCCCAAAUCAAAAUCAAAGGCAUGUACCUUCUAUAUCUCCAUUUGGCGUCACAAUGGAUGAACAUGUAAGGACGAAACCAUCAUAUAGAUGGCGUAGGGUGUUGCUUAAAGUGAGCGGAGAGGCGCUUGCAGGAGAUCAAACACAAAAUAUUGACCCAAAGGUGACAAUGUCCAUAGCAAGGGAGGUUGCAGCAGUGACUCGACUUGGCGUUGAGGUUGCAGUAGUUGUUGGUGGUGGAAAUAUCUUCCGAGGAUCUGCUUGGGCUGGAAGUAGUGGCCUUGACAGGUCAUCAGCCGAUUAUAUCGGAAUGUUGGCAACUGUUAUGAAUGCAAUAUUUCUACAAGCAACGAUGGAGAGCAUUGGCAUCCCAACGAGGGUCCAGACUGCUUUUCGUAUGUCCGAAGUUGCUGAACCUUAUAUAAGAAGACGUGCUGUUAGACAUUUAGAAAAAGGAAGGGUGGUCAUCUUUGCAGCUGGAACUGGAAACCCCUUCUUCACAACAGAUACUGCUGCUGCCCUUCGUUGUGCAGAGAUUAAUGCUGAGGUAGUGCUGAAAGCUACAAAUGUGGAUGGUGUAUAUGACAAAGAUCCAAGACAUAACCCGAAAGCUUCUCUUCUACACACAGUAACUUAUCAAGAGGUCAUGUCAAAGGAUCUUUCAGUAAUGGACAUGACUGCAAUUACUCUCUGCCAAGAGAACAACAUUCCGGUUGUUGUCUUCAAUCUUAACAAACCGGGCAAUAUUUCAAAGGCAAUCAUAGGAGAACGGGUUGGCACAUUGAUUGGUGGAAAAUGCGAGCAAGAAGCCACAUCAUUCGAUAGGGAGCAUCCCCUUUGGUGAGAGCUCUAGAUAGAUAGAUACGUUUGUUGUUUUGGUAAUACUCUACUAUUAUUAUUAUUAUUAUGAAGAAAAUGAUAUUCGAUAUAGGCACUACUUCCCCCCACCGUUAGUUAAUUUUGUAGUUGAAGAGCAUGUUUUAGGGUUUAGGGAUCAUUCAAUUGGGUCAAUAGUGAAAACCUAUAUUUUGAACCUAAAUGUGUUAAGAAGAUUGUAUUUAUAAGAGAGGCUAAAAUAUUGUUAUUAUUGAAAACUUAUAUAUA